GACGCACCCAGGGAUUCUCCAGCAAAGCGGAUUGAGGAGCCGAAACAUGUCCCGUCAGCGGAUUUGAACUGCAGGUUACUUAGAUCUCCACAGGGAUUUUUUAAAAUUAUAUUAUUUACGUGUUUACUAUUAUAAUUUACCCUUAAGAAACUCCGAAACGUGUAAUAGUUCACCAUGGGAAUCUCAGAACUACUUGACAAACUUCGAGAUCGCGCAGAUACAUUUCUAAAUGAGAAAAACAUAGUGACAGAUUUCCUUGGGAAACUGGAGGAGAAAACGGGGAUCAAGAAAAAAUGUUUUGCCGUAGGUGCAGUGUCUCUGACAGGACUGUAUUUGGUAUACGGCUAUGGCGCCUCCCUCCUCUGUAACAUGAUUGGUUUUGUGUAUCCUGCAUAUUAUUCAAUCAAAGCCCUCGAGGGUAAAAACAAAGAUGAUGACACAAAAUGGCUGACCUAUUGGGUGGUCUACGGAAUCUUCAGUGUGGGGGAAUUCUUCUCCGACAUCUUUCUUUAUUGGUUUCCUUUCUACUAUGCUUUCAAGUGCUUGUUCUUGUUGUGGUGCAUGGCCCCCGUUGCAUGGAACGGCUCUCAGAUCCUGUACAACCGGGUGGUGCGACCCUUCUUCCUCAAGCAUGAGGCCACUGUGGACAGCAUGGUCAAUGACCUCAGCGGGAAAGCCAUGAACGCAGCCGAGUCCGUCACCAGAGAAGUCCUUCAAACACUGGUGAAAAACAAGACUAUACAACAAGCAUCAGAGACAAAAGGCUUACCCAGCACAUCAGAUUCACCUAUCCACAGGUAGAGGCAUCGUCUCAGUGAUGGUACUGAAGACAGCAAACCAAACCAUGCCAGAUUCACCGGAAGGACUUUGGUUUCCAUGUUGACUUGCAAACUGCUGAACCACUUAUACUUGAUGCCCUAUGGUGGGAAAACGAUGAAACAAAUCUGACAGAGAUGGGAUACCAUUACACAGACAGAUAACGGGACAGGAAAAACACAUAGCCAAGCUUUAUAUGGACCAAAACCACUGCAGCUGAAAGUCCCUUCACAGCCGCGUGGUCGUGUGUCUGGUCAGUUGAAUGCUAUGCAAUGUCUGAUAUUUGACCUUCUCAUCACCUGAUUAGAGUAACUGAAUUUGUCUGAUAUGUCUUUGCUUUACAAUCAAUGUCCUUGUCUUCCGAUAAGGGAGUGUGUGGGCUCAAUGCUUCAACAAUAGGCACAGUGUUCUAGUCUUAGACCUCUUUGUUUUUGUUUUCACAUAACUCAUUUACGCUGAAUGAAAUAUUUAUUCAUCAUUGUCUUUUGUUUCUUUUUUUUAUUUUAACAUGUUUUUUUCUCUUUUUGUCUUGUAAAACUGUAUUAUAGUCAGAUCUAGGCUGUAUUAAAAUUAAAU